AUUUAGUAGUAAACGUGUAGUCCAGCGUCUGUUAUCGCAACAAUCGUCGAGUAGCACCACAAUAAUUUAAUCGCCGGUUAAACAAAAAUGUCAUUUAUCAACAAAUUACUUGUAUCGAAAAGUUAAAUCGUUUUUAAAUUCGCUUCAGUGUACAAUUGGCAAAGAUCGCGUUAUUCGAACAUAUUGCACUCUCAUCAUAUAUAUAUAUUUUUUUUAUUAAAUUAAAUAAUAAUUUUUAAUUGUAAUUGAAUUAAAACUUGAUUUGAGUUAAAUUUCAAUCGGAUAAUUUCGUAUGUGGUUGGUGAAUGUGAUAUCAGUCAUCAAGUGGAAUUCUAUUGAAAUUUCUGAAUAAAUAAUAAAAAGAAAUACAGAAAACGUCACACCCAUCAUCUUUGAAGCUUUAUGAUCAUUCAGACAACAAAAUGACCAACUAAUAACAAUGUAAAAGUGCAAACAGCGACUCAUACAAAUUAAAAGAAAUAUAAAUAAAAUAAAUAAAUUAAAAUGCAAACAAACACAAUUACUAUUAGAAAAUAUUGAUAUUUAAUCAACCAGUCAGUACAAGCAAACAAAGUAUUAACGAUUUACAUAUGCACAUACAUAUUUUACCUACUUUGAAAUUUGUAUUGAAAAAAAAAAUCAAAACUGCAAUUAAUUUAUGGCAAAAGUAUUUCGUGUUAGAACGUGUCUGUUGCAAAUAUUAUUGAGUUGAAAAAAAAACUAAUUUUAUUACUGUAAAUUAGUAAUUUUAAUAUUGUAAAAUAAUAAAGAAUAAUUAAAAAAACGGUUUUCAAACAAACUUGUUUGCUAAACAAAUUAAAAAAAUUGUUCUGCAUUUACAAAAACUUGAAUUUCGAGUAAUAGAAUUUAAUGUUAAAAUUUAAUUAUGAAACUAUUAUUAAAAGUCAAUUCAGAAAAGACUCGUCAACGUCACAAAUACUCACAAAUCAGUGAUUCCCCAUCGAAGCCAAAGAAACGAAUCAAUCAAACAAGAACGACUAAUACAGCAUCAUUUUCACAAAGACUCACAACCACAUCGAAAUUACUUUCGGUACUUAUUGCUCUGGUCUUAAUCGUAGCUGGCAUAAUAAUCUAUGUUGAGGUAACACGAGAAAAAACACCUCAUCUGCCGAGGGGACCCAUAUAUUUUGGAAACACUUAUGAGCACGAUACAUUUCCAAAUUUAGGAAAUGGUCAUCUAGUAGUUGAUCGCUUGCAAUGGGGAGCUUCAGAGUUGGCGAAUAAACUGACAAUACCCUUGAAACAUCCCAUUCCAUACGUGAUGAUAACCCACAUUGGAGUUCAGUCAACACCCUGUUAUACAAUAUAUAAGUGCUCAAUUAAAAUGCGCACAAUACAAGAUUCAGCAAUUGCCGAAAAAGGUCUUCCCGACAUACAAUCAAAUUUCUACGUGGGUUCGGAUGGUUAUGUCUAUGUUGGACGUGGUUGGAAUUGGGCAAACACAUACGCUAACAAUUCGUUGGCCAUCACAUUUAUGGGUGACUUUGGACGUUACCAACCAAACGACAAACAAAUCGAAGCCACACAAUAUUUAUUGGCACAUGCUUCUACCAACAAAUAUAUUGAUUUAAAUUACAAAUUGGUGGCUCAAAAUCAGACAAAGCAAUCAAAGAGUCCGGGCGCCAAUGUAUAUCGUAUAAUUAAGAACUGGCCACACUUUUAUCCCUGCAGCAUGGAUGACAAUCCAAAGUGCGGCACCGAACUGGGAAUGCCAUAUCCUUGGGAGGGGAAUAUGUAA